GCAGCCUGUUGACGUCCGAUCAACGGAGAACGGAACGGCGCUUCUUCCUGGUUACGAAAGCUAAAAGGUACCAGCUACUAUAGUCUGCUUCUCCCGGGCUGUUGGUGUUCCUCCUGUGAUCAGCGGGGCUCCGCCCAAGUGUGCUCCCCCCCAAGUGUGCUCCCCGGCGGCUUCAGCCAGUGACAGACGGACGCUCGCAUCAGACUUCCACCGUUGAUCCUCCCGGGAUGUCUUUCCUGGAGAAGCCGGCCCCCGGCAGGCUGCUGCUGGAUGACACCGUGCCCCUGACGGCGGUGAUCGAAGCCAGCCAGAACCUGCAGUCCCACACGGAGUACAUCGUCCGAGUCCAGAGGGGCGUGUCUUCAGAAAACAGCUGGCAGGUGAUCCGGCGUUACAGUGACUUUGAUGUUCUCAACAGCAGCCUGAUGGUUUGUGGCAUCAGUCUCCCUCUUCCUCCAAAGAAGCUAAUUGGAAACAUGGACAGGGAGUUCAUUGCAGAGAGACAGAGAGGACUGCAGGCCUUUCUGGACUCAAUUACCCAGCAUCCCUUGCUUUCCUGCUCCCUGACUGUCAAGAAGUUUCUGGACCCAAACAACUACUCUGCCAACUACACAGAGAUCGCCCUGCAGCAGGUCUCCAUGUUCUUCAGGUCGGACCUGAAGUGGGAGGUCCUGGAGCCUCUCAAAGACAUCGGCUGGAGGAUCAGGAAGAAAUACUUUUUAAUCAAAAAUAAAGAGCAGCCCAAGGAGAUGUAUCUGCUGAGCUGGGUGGACCUUGGUCCUGAUAAGUUCCUGCCCGACAAAGACCUGCAGUCAGUCAUGAAACUCCUAACCAGCCUCUCAACUCCAUAUCUCUGUCCGCUGUUGUUCUCCAGCACCAGCGAGUCUUCAGCUCUGCUCAUCCGGCCGUUCACUGAGAAAGGCUCUCUGAGAGACCACAUCUGUAAGGUGAAGCCCAGAGAGAGUUACCUGAAGAAGUACUGUAACCCGAAGAAGAGUCAGGGUCUCGAACUGCAGCACAUCAAACUGUACGGCCGUCAGAUCCUGGAGGGCCUGAAGCUCCUCCAUGACGGCGGAUUAUUUUACGGUCACCUGCAUGCGUCCAACAUAAUUGUGGAUGACGGCGUGUGUCGACUGAUGGACGUAGAAAACGGCAUGCUGGGAGUUCCAUCGGCACUGCGACCCGCCUUCACCCAGCUCAGGAAGAUCAACACCACAGAGAGCAUCGACAUCUUCUGCUUUGGACAUUUACUGUACGAGAUGACGUACGGCCGACCGCCGGACAGCGUCCCGGUCGAUCAAUACGCCGAUGUCCCCUAUGCCGCUGUGGCAUCCGUGCUGCAGUCCAUUCUGUCCACAGAAGCCUGUAAGAGCGGGAUGCCAACUGUGUUGGAGCUCAUCAAGACACCUCUGUUUAGUGACGUCCAGCUCCAACACUCAGAAAAACUCCAGAUCAAGGUUCCCAGCAGGCUAAAAGAGGCACUGAAGACUGCAAAGGAGAGUCUGGAGAAGAGGCUGCAGGAGGAGCAGAGAGUGCUCCACCAGCACAGGAGGCUAACCAGAGCUCAGUCUCACCACGGCUCAGAAGAGGAGAGGAAGAGAAGGAAGAUUCUGGCGAGGAAGAAGUCCAGACAGUCAGCUUUUGAAAAUGAAGAAGAUGUCACUGUCAGAAACAACAAUAACUCUGGUUCUGGAGCCAGUUCCCCUCCAACAUGCCCCUCCUCCCCCACCCCUCCAGCCACUACAGGUAGAGACUCAGCCAAAGGCGGGACUCUGGCACAACCACCUCCGAUUGGCCAACACUACGUUACUGUUAACCCUAUCCUUGACUGGGUUACAGGUGCGUAGCAUCGGCGACAGCGACACAGGAUAUUAAAUCUGUUUCAAACCCUUUUGAACCUGUCAUUUUUUGUCCUCUGUCACUAACAGACAAGUUCGCAAACUCUCAUUUGAAGCACCAAAAUUGAGGGGCUUGAGCCCCCCUAAAAAGGGUCUAAAGUCGCCAAUGCUAACAACGCAUUGUCUGCAAAACGUGUACACUGUCGGCAUCAUGUUGUGGUGACACAUCUCCGCUUAAAAUCCGCUGCUCGUGACCAAAACAGCGGAGUUACAGUUUAAAAAAACGCUGCCUGUGGAAACCCAGCGUUGGGUAGGCCUACAUGAACUGAUGGUGGAUUGAGACACUGAUCUGCAGGUGCUGGUUUCACAGAGAGAAACGCUUUCUGGAAAAUCUGGAAAACCUAUGGAACACACAAUUAACAGUUUUUAAUAAAACUGGUGGUAGCACUUUUAUCAAGUCACCCUUUAUUAAAGGUUCAUAGGUUGCAAGGAACAGCUUCGGUAAUACAUAUUUCACUACUGCUUUAUGAAUCGGUUAGAAGCCAUUCAUUACAAAAGAUGUCUUCAAAGUGUAAAGCUCAGUGUGACUUGCACUUCCUGAGGAUAGCAUUAUCUCCAGAACAUGACAUUUUAAAGGUCAAAAAAAUCCCUUUAUCCUCACAUCACGCCUAACUUCUUUUUGUCUCUUUCGUGCUCUUCAAUUCACCACGAAGACACCUCCAAUGGAUCACUGCAUCAAUUCCCUUCUUGAAAAGAGCUUCAGUGCAUUUGAAUUAGGACAGAAACACAUUUUAUUAACAACUUAUUAACAUUUAUAGUUGCAGAUGACUAGAUAACUUUUGCUGUCGGCUCAUUAGAAAAAGAGAAACCCGUGACCUUUUUUAUGAAUGACUUCAUGAAGGACUCCAUAUACAUACUCUAUAAGUGACUGACCAAUGAGGUAUUUUUGAGUAAAUGAUCUAUUAACCGUUAAUAAACCAUUUCUUGUGAAGGGUGCCUUCUAAGAAAUAUUAGUGUUGUAGUCUGUAAUAAACUACUCACAGUGAACCGAAACGAGACUACUCUCCAUUUUAAAUCAUAAGCCAUAGUUGCCGUGAUGUUGAGUGCCUCUUUUGGUUAAGUGUUUUGAUACGGACACAUUUUUCCGCCCUCUGCAAUAAUUGCAGUGAAAGUAGCAUGGAAGUUCAAUGUGACUCCUUGCCUCUCAUUAAACUAGUUCAAAAGUAAAACUAAGACCAUCAUGAGUCCAUAGGCCAGUUUAUCUUUGUCUAACCAGCACCUGGGGAAACUGAAUGUCAGCAGAAAACCAACGGUGUUGUUUUCUCACUGUUUUCUCUUUCCUUUCAUUCUCUUUUCUUUUCUUUUUUUUUUUUCUUUUUUU